AUGAAAAGUCUACCCGUGGAUGAUAGGUUGACAAUUGCGAAUAUGACAACGGAAUGGGGCGCAUUGAUGGCAAAUUUCCCGAUCGACUCGACGUUGCAGGGUUGGAUGAGGGCAACGGCUACCACAUCAGCAUUGUUUGACGAGAAGGACGCCGUUAGACGGUUUACCCAUCAUCAAAUCGACGACUUACUCGAGACUCAGCUGGUUGCCAAUAAAGGGGCUACUUAUGCCAAGCCUCCCUACCAACCUUUCGACUUUAUCCCCCUACGUAUCAGGGCCCAAUUCCGUCAAGCACUUCUUGGUACUGGCGCUAAGCCCCUCAUUUCUGGUUGUGGUCCCUGCAUUGGUCUCGGAACUGGCUUGCUUGAGCCAGGAGAAGUGGGAAUUAGCGCUAGUAAUCGAAAUUUCAAGGGACGCAUGGGAUCUCUAGAUACAAAGGCAUAUCUCGCUAGCCCAGAAGUUGUAGCAGCCAGCACCUCGAGCGGGAAGAUCAGCGGUCAGGGCUGGUACAAGAAGCCUGUCAGGGUAGAGAAGGUUGUUCUUGGGGAAGGAAACGGAAUUCCCGAGGAAAACCGCGCGAUUAGCGUAGGAGAUGCAUUGGAUAGGUUAAUAGCGGAUGCAGACAAGAUUAUUGAUAGUUCAGAGACAUCGACCUUCGGCUCCCUACAUCCGAGUCUGCAACAACCUAGGAUGAAGUCGACGAGCAAUUGA